CCCAUUCAAUCUAUAAAUACCGUCCUACAAACACUUCCCUAACCAUUCCAACUCCAAUUCCAUUUCCAAUUCCUUUGUUUUUCUCAUUCAAAAAUCUCCCUUUGUUUUCCUUUUCAAGUGAGAAAUGGCCAACUUUAAGGCUCUCCCUCUCCUCCUUUUGGCUCUCAUUGCCUUCUCCAUGCUUUCCACUCUGGUUUUGGCCAAGGGUCAUUAUGGUCCUGGGAGUUUGCAGUCUAACCAAUGCCUGCCUCAAUGCACAAGGAGGUGCUCACAAACACAAUACCACAAACCAUGCAUGUUUUUCUGCCAGAAAUGCUGCAGGAAGUGCCUUUGUGUCCCACCAGGCUUCUACGGUAACAAGCAAGUCUGCCCUUGCUACAACAACUGGAAGACCAAGGAGGGUGGCCCCAAGUGCCCUUAAUUUCCUUUCUUUUCACCGCAUAACGAGCAACGUGAUAACUAAAUCCCGAAAGCGUAGUAUUUACUACUAUUAAAUUAAUAUUACUACUGCCUAAUCCUUGAGACUCUGUACUAAUAUCUCAUUAGUACUAAUUAAUAUCCUAUAUCUAAGUUUAUUUUUAUUUUCAUAUUAAAUUCAAUAUUUGUAGCGAUCCAUUGGGGGGAGGUUGUUUGAAUCCCUCCAAUUGAGAGUGGUGGUAUCAUGUUGUCUGGCAUUGUUGUUGAAUCAAAAAAGUGAAAUGAAUAUUUAUCAGCUUUUAUCUUUGA